AUGGGUAUCAAAGGACUCUACAAAGAGAUUGGAGCUGGUGCCCGUGUUGCCUUCUUGCGCCUGGCUGUGGACAGUCUCGAGAAGCGCGGGCGGCCGCUGCGCCUGGCUAUUGACAUCUCCAUUUGGCAGUUCCAAGUCCAGUCUGGGAGAGGUGGUUCAAAUCCUGCUGUUCGCACACUUUUCUACCGUCUCAUACGCCUUCUGGGCAUGCCCGUCCAACCCGUCUUUGUUUUCGAUGGCAUCAACAAGCCGCUCUUCAAGCGCCACAAGCGCUCGACUGGCCCGGGCGAUAUGGUAGCCUCGUCUAUGGCGAAGCGCAUGAUCCGCAUGUUCGGCUUCUAUGUCCACGAUGCACCCGGUGAGGCCGAAGCCGAAUGUGCCUUGUUACAGCAACGAGGCGUAGUGGAUGCUGUACUCAGUGAAGACGUCGAUACCCUCAUGUUUGGGAGUACACGUACGCUUCGUAACUGGUCUGCUGCUACUACGAACUCGUCUGGAAAGGGCAGUGCCUCAGCAACGGCGACACAUGUCACAAUGUACGAAACCGAGGCGGCUGUAGCGACAUCCAUAGCCCCAGAGGCGAUCUUGAAGACGAAGGAGACUGGCCUCGAUCGGGAGGGUAUGAUACUCGUCGCUCUUAUGAGCGGCGGCGACUAUCUCCCUGAGGGUGUCCCUGGCUGUGGCGUUAAGCUGGCUUGCGAAGCGGCCAAGGCAGGCUACGGACGGAGGCUGUGCCGUAUAAAACGGUCAGACGCUGCAUCACUGGCAGAGUGGCGCUCUGAUCUGCAGCACGAGCUUCGCACCAACGAGAGCAAGUUCUUUCGCACAUGUCACCACAAGCUUGUUAUCCCAGCAGACUUUCCAAAUCUCGAUAUUCUACGGUAUUACACUCACCCCGUCGUCUCUCCGGCUGACGUAGUGGAACGCGUGCGGCUAGAUCUGGAUUCAACCAUUAAAACGGCUCCGAGCUCGGUGGUGGUGCAAGGCACAGACUCGAUCAAGCAUAAGCCUAUCGAUGUUCUUGCUCUGCGGGACUUUGUGGCGGAGACUUUCGACUGGUCAAACCGGGGUGGUGCCAUUAAGUUUAUACGUGUUCUUGCCCCAGUCUUAUUGGCACGAAUGUUACUUCUUAAGUGGCCAUCAGCCAACGGAGGAGAAGAGAUGAGCGAAGAUCUGGACAACGAUAUAAUGCUGCCGUCCCUUGUGGAGGGCAUCUCGAGACAACGGAUACACGCAAGCACAGACAACACCCCCGAGAUACGAGUAUCCUAUAUCCCUGUCAACGUUGUCGGACUUGAUUUAGACAGCGAGCUCGACGACCCUGAGGUCAACUUUGGACGUGACGGCCUGGCACUCAACAGCGACGACGAUUUCGACGACCUUCCAACCACGGCUCUAGCACCAACUAUGCCCGGAGACACAGCAGUCUCUCUGACGGUAGCCAGUGUCAAGAAACCCACCACAGGUACCCCGUACAACCCGACAGUGCCUUGUGUAACGUGGGUCCCUCGUACGAUCGUUCAUAUAGGAGCUCCAGCAACACUCGCCGAAUGGGAAAAGAAGCAACAACGUGGCAAGAAAAGUGCCACCGAAGGAACAAAGCCUACAACACGCAAGCCGAAGAGCAAGAAAUCCAAUAUGCCGGCUGGUGCCCUUGACCGCUUUGUACGAGUCACAAAAAACACUAGAGGCUACAUGCUCACUAGCAGUCAAGUCUCGACUACAGAAAAAGCAGCCCCCAAAGUACCACCUACAUUCAAGGCCAAUACCGAAGUGUUACAGAGUCUUGACUUCAGCGAAGAUGACGACGUUCCUGACAUGGACACCCAACCAGGUGUCGAGGAUUAUGACCUCCCAGAAAUCCCAAGAAAGAAUAUCAACAAAACCUCGUCGACUGCCAAGAUAGCGAGGUCCCAGUAUCAGAAAAAAGGAAACAACCCUUGGGCCUUGUCCGGUUCGCAAAACGUGCCGCGGGUCACGAAAAACAACACAAGCAACCAGAAGCGAGAAUUCGUCAAGCCUACCUCACCGCCAGCGGUAACAAAGUCCACGGAGGUGAUUAAUCUGAUGACGAGCAGCCCCUUUACGACAGCGGCAUAUGAGCCCAUACAAAUCCCAACAUCCCCGAUACCGUCAUCCCCUCCACCUGCUGCGAGCUUUUCAUCCCUCGCGUGGUCGCCAUCCCCACUGAAGAAGGCUGCAGCGUCACAGACUCAAGAUACAGGUGCUUCGGUCACGGGAAAGGUGAAACCGAGAUCGAAAGCCAACCCCAAGCUGCCGUCCCAGGCUAGUCCUCAGAAGCAGGCUUCGAUUCGCGAUUUCCUUUCGCCGAGCAAGCCAUCCCCAGUCAAGUCCCCAGCCAAGCCAUCGGCAGCAAUUCUGCUUUCUGAUGAUGAAGGAACUAGCACUUUGAUCAAGAAACCAGCUACUACAGUAAAUAACGAGGAUCCUUUCCUUUCGUCAUCCCCUUUACCGGCCGUCUUUAUGAAACGGUAUGGACAGGCCGCACAAGCUGCAGAACAAGUGCCACUAGGCGCUGAACGUGUACUGGUGAAGUCUAACACAAAGCGAACGCAAUAUAUUCCGCGGACAAGUGCCACCGGGUUCUUUCGAGAAGAAAUUGUAGACGACAUGAGUGCGGAUUCUCUGAGCCCGUCUCCAGUGCGAAGCCGUCGUUGGCGGCAGAGCGAGAUUUCCAUUGUCGAUCUGACUGAGGAAGGGUUGAAGUAG